GUAAGUUUAAAAAACAACAACUGAACAAAUAUAAAAAUGUAUAAUCAGAAAGAAACAUAAUAGGAGGACAGGACAGGAUGUUGUUAAUGUGCAGUGUAAUUAGACGGUGGGCUGGCUUCCAACACUGAGGCUGAGCGGAUCCUGUGACCUCCCGACAGUCUGUUCAAGAUGGCCGCUUGAGUGGAGCAUUUACACAUCUUCAAUAAAACUCAUCCAACAGCGACCGCUUCGCAAACAACUUUGACGGGUCUUAUCACAGGAUGAAACGACCAUACCGGCGACGGUUGUUCCUUUGUCGACACGGAAGAUGAGCGUUACCGUUGAGGACGACGUCGGAGUUAUGGAAUAAACCAGGAAUUGGAGGGGAUCAAGGGCCCUUUGUUUUAGCCCAGUAUGGACAGCUUCUUCAAGGCAGCAGUAUGUGAUCUGGAUAAACUGCUGGAUGACUUUGAGCUCAAUACUGAGGAGCAUGAAUGCAAAUCGGUUUUCCUGAAGCCUUCAGCGUACCCCUUCUCCUCUCUGGGCCCUCAGUGUUUGUCUUCCGAGGCGUCCACUGUCCCACCGAACCUCCCUGACCUUAAUUCUCUUCAUUAUGGUUCUGCCACCAGCUGUCCCGACAGCUCCACCAGUCACAACCGCAGCACUGAUGACAGAGAGGUCAAAGGUCAGCCUCUCACCGGAGUGGACCUUCUCUCCUCUGUGGAUCGCAGGCCCGCUAAAAGCUCUGCGCCUCCCUGCCCCGAUCGGGCUCUGAAGCCGGUGUGUGACCUUGUGAAUGACACAAGCUCAGCCAUCCUGGUCCGGGCCAACAGCCACGAUGCUUUCAGCGAGCUGGACAUGGUGGAAAAGCAAAUGGAGGAGGAGGAGACGCUGCUUGUGGACUUCAGCAGCCCUGUGGUGAGUGUACGUGGAGAGGAGCAAGGGGGGCUUAGCCAAAGCGCCGGCUGUAGAGACACCACGCAAGAGCAAGCCUCUGCAGGGAAAGACGAACUGUUGGGUCUAGAAUCACAGGAGCAGGUCGGUGGAUACUCUGCCUCACUCUGCCUGCUGGACGUUAUUCUUCCUGCUGCUGUGGAGACGAGCUGCGAGUCCACAGAUGAGUCACUGUCACUUAAGACCACAGAGUCAGCUGACAGAGAGGAGAAGGAUUGUGAGGAGGUGGCUUGCAUAAACCAAGUAGUGGAUGCCUCCUUAGACCACUGUAAACAAGAGGGCAACCUGCCUGUUGAAAGCAGUAAAGAAGUUACAACAACCUCAGAGAAUAAAGAGGAUGAGUCAAAAGAAACUUUGGAGAAAUGUGAGGGAGAGUCUAUAAAUGCAGCAGCCUCAGAGAGUGAACCAGUGGGUUUGUCAUGCCUGCCCAUAGCUGUAUCCAUGUGUGGAGCUCUGGUGAGCCAAAAGACCACAGAAGAUGAGUCGGGGGAAGCUACAGAGCAGUGUGAAGAGGCAGACGCAUCUGAGAGCACAGAGGCAGACUCCCUGUCAGCCUUGGAAGCCAGGGAGAACAGGUCCUGUUUAGAGGAACCUGCUGACUCGGGAGUCUCUGUGUCCCAGCAGCUCGCAGGGGGCCGGCUGUCACCAGAGGGGCAGCAGCAUCUCUCUCCUGAACCCGCUGCUGUCGCCCCCCCUGCGGACCUUCCCUCCUCUGAUCGCUCAGAACCCAGCCCAGUCGACCCUCCCGAGUUUGGCUUCGAGUAUCUGCCGGAGAGCGACCAGGCCGAGAUGCUGGUCACAGACGAGGAGUUGGAUGCGUUCCUGCAGGCGCACACGGAGGCAGAGCAGGAUAGAGGCGUCUCUUGUUGCAGCAGCUCUGGUGAUUUUACUCAACCCGAGAGUCUCUCAGAAUCCAACGGGGAUCUGGAGGACAGGCUCGCAGAAGAGGAACUGAGGAUCUGUAGUCGGGCGAGACGAGAGGAACUAGAGGGCCUGGCUUCCCCAGAAAGUGACAGAACAAUAUGUGUUUCUGUAGAGGGAAGUUUAAACCCUGAUGCUCCGUCACUAUCGCAGGACUCGUGUCAAGAAGAGCCAGAACUCUCCUCUGGGGGAAGCCAUUCUUUGACCAGCAACACUUUCCAGUCCCAGUACAGCAGUAGCUCUGAUCAACAGCCCUCCUAUGGAGGUGCCAGACCUAAACAGCUACACUGCCAAACUGCAAGAUCUCAACCAGCAGGGGAAGAAGAGGAGCAGGCUCAGGUGCUCAGCGGUGGAGCCGGCACAGUAGAGGCUGAAGAGAGUUCACCCACAAGCCCCGGUCUCAUAGAAGAGCAUUCCAACAUUAGCCCGAUAUACGCAGCUCAUGAGCAUCAGGAUUACAGCGUGGGGUACGACGAACUCUCAGAGCCCCCGCCUUACCCCGGGGAGCCCCCCUCAGAAGGUGCCAGGUCGGUGAACUGGAAGAGAGAGGGAGCGGAGGAGCUGGGGUGCAGGCAGCCUGCUUGGGUGCCGGACUCUGAAGCUCCCAACUGUAUGAACUGCUACCAGAGGUUCACGUUUACCAAGAGGCGGCAUCACUGUCGAGCCUGCGGGAAGGUCUACUGUGCCGUGUGCUGCAACAGGAAGUGUAAGCUGAAGUACCUGGAGAAAGAGGCUCGCGUGUGCGUCAUCUGCUUCGAUAGUAUACACAGAGCCCAGGCCCUAGAGCGGAUGAUGAGUCCAACGGGUCCCAGCCCGAACCCCAACGUCCCAUCUGAGUACUGCAGCACCAUCCCCCCUUUGCAGCAGGCCCGUGCCGCCGGCACUCUCAACUCUCCUCCGCCUACCGUCAUGGUUCCCGUGUCCGUUCUCAAACAGCCAAGCAACGACAGUUGUCCUCGUGAACAGAAGCGCGUGUGGUUCGCUGAUGGCAUCCUGCCCAACGGAGAAGUGGCAGACACAACCAAGCUGUCGGUGACGAGCCGCAGGAGCUCACAGGAAUUUGGCGUCGCACCAGACCAAACAACACCUGGCUCAGCGGGGUCAGAGGUCGGAGUCGGUAACUCGUUGAGCCCCGAGGCUUCCGGGGUGGUAGAGGUGGUUCGGCCUCCGGUGUCCGGACCCUGGGACUACGCCCUGCUCUCUGGAAUCGGUUCUUCAGUGAAGAGGAUUCCCAGUCUGCUGACGGAUAACGAGGAUGAGCUCCCUCCUCUGCUCAUCACCACCGGAGAAGAUGAAGCUGGAGAUGUUUUAGUUGAGGAAAGUCCUGCCCCGUGUCAGAUCCUGCACUUAUUAGAGGAAGGAGGACCUCGUCCUUUGACGUUCGUCCUGAACGCCAACCUGCUAGUCAACGUCAAACUGGUCACAUACUCCAGUCGGCAGUGCUGGUGUUUUGGCUCUAACGGGCUUCAGGCUCUGGGACAGAGAGAGCUGGUGUUUCUGGUGGAGUGUUUGCCCGAAGAAAAAACUCUGCCAAGAGACCUCUUUACACUCUAUCUCAACAUUUACCAAGAUGCCCAAAAAGGCAAGUUUUUGGAGGAGCUGGAUAACGUGACGUUCACCAGCAGUUUCCUGGGCAGUAAGGAUCAUGCCGGGGUGCUGUUCUUCUCUCCCACCUGUCAGCCUCUAGAAGGCCUCACUCUCCCCUCGCAGCCCUUCCUGUUCGGCCUGCUUAUCCAGAAACUGGAAGUGCCCUGGGCCAAAGUCUUUCCACUCAGACUGCUCCUACGGCUCGGAGCUGAAUACAGCGUGUAUCCCACUACAUUGGUUAGUGUUCGUUUUCGGGACUCUGUGUAUCGAGAGACGGGACACACCAUUAUGAAUUUACUGGCUGACCUGAGGAACUACCAGUACAGUCUGGCGGUCGUGGAGGGCCUGAGGAUCCACAUGGAGAUGGGCCACAGCUACAUCGACAUUCCCAAAAGUAGCUUCAAUGAGAUGCAGAAGGUGGUAAAUUCAUCCAACGAGCACGUCAUCAGUAUCGGAGCGAGUUUCAGCUCUGAGGCCGACUCUCACCUGGUGUGUUUCCAGAAUGAGGACGGAAACUAUCAGACGCAGGCCAACAGCAUGCCUGGAAAGACCCGCACAGUGACUGGAGCCAGUUUUGUGGUGUUCAAUGGAGCGCUGAAAGCCUCCUCAGGCUUUAUUGCCAAGUCCAGCAUUGUUGAAGACGGGUUGAUGGUGCAAAUCCCUCCGGAGACCAUGGAGUCCCUGCGCACCGCGCUGAGGGAGCAGACAGACUUCCACAUACCCUGCGGCAGGAAUGAUGGAGGGGAGGUCAGAGAGAACGUCACCGUCCGCUGGGUCAACUGGAGUUCGCCUGUCAACACAGGCAUAAGUAGCGCGGUUGAUGGAAAACCUCUGGACGGAGUCCGCAGUGUGAGGAUGCAGCAGGACGCCGAGUUCGAGGUGGACGGACGCACCAUCCAGUGCACUGAGGUGUUCUACCAGCUGAAGACUCCAGACUGCAGCCUGGCGUCGGUGCUGCAGUCCUGCAGCGUGUUUCAGAAGGAGAUCGCUUUGGCCGCGUGCAGCGCUCUGACACCUCAUCUCGCCGUUCUCACCUGCAGCGGCAUCAACUCGCUCUCCCUUCGCAUCUCCACACAGGCCGACAUGGUGGAGUACCAGGCUGGUUCCGGAGGCAGGCUCCUCCCUCAGCGCUACAUGAACGAGCUGGACGGCGCUCUGAUCCCCGUCAUCCACGGAGGUAGCGCUAGCGUCCCACAGACUGCCAUGGACAUGGAGUUCAUCUUCUACAUCACAAACACCAUCUAAUGCACACGCAGACCAUGACACACUCAAACUAUGAAGAGAGAGAGAGAAAAAAAAAUCCACUUAACAAAAAAAAUAAAAGGUGGUCGAGCACAGAAGGAGAAGCUGUCGGUUGUAGCGGGACGUGCUAAUGCUGCAGCUAAUUGUGCACAGGUGGACACGCAGCCAAUCAGAGAGGACAAGUAGCUGCCGGUAAAACAUUCCCACUCCGGGAGGGAAUGUCGUAACCUUUUUUUGUUGGAUUUCGGAAGGAUAUAAACUGAUGCGAUGUUGGAACCAUUGUAUGUUUGUGCGUUUCGUGCUCACCAAAGCUGCUUUAAUACAAGAAGCCAAACACUAAACAAGGAAUACGACAACACGACCAAAUACAACCAAACUAUUCAAACCGUUUUUUCUUUCUUCUGCUCUGCCUUCCAGGCUCCCCGCUGGCCUCCCGUCAGCUCGGACGCACCUCGAUGAAUGUCUCCCCACAGACACUCUUUAUCGAAAUGUCUCUCAUUUGGGUGUAUUUAUUAUCUUUCAACAUGGGCGUAUUGAAUGAAAAAUAGUGAAAUUGGGGGCAGGGGACAUUACUGACCGCAGUAUUCAGGACUUUCAGAGGUGUGAUGCAUAUAUGAUCAGGUGCUACUAUAUAGCCGCUUCGCAUACGUAGCUGGCCUGUUUUUAAAACACCGCAGGGAUGAAAAGAUCAUCAUCAUCUCAUUUCCUCUCAAGGUACUAUGCUCUCAUUUCACACGCUGGUUUUUGAUGAGACUGCAACAUCGGGCCUCAUGCGAGAACAUUUUUAUAUUCUUCUCCUUAACUUUAGCUCUGUGAGGUUUGCUCGUACGAGUGAUCCAAAUCUGAUUCACCAACUCUUGGCGUAAAUGGCUCAUUUCAUUGUGAUGAAUGUCAGCGGUUUGUGAGAUUUGAUCAUUAGUAUAAUUGAUGCCCGCAUUGCUACAGAUUUAAUUAGCAAAAAGAGCUGCCGACAGCUGCCAACAACAUAAACAAGACAGAAAAUAAAGAAGGAAUGAUCUGAAAUGAAGUAAAAUGCAAAAAACAAAUGUCUCGCUAAAGCAAAGCGCUACGUGAUUUAGAUGAAAGGUCGUAAAAGGGACGAGACAGUUAUGGAGACGGAUGAGAGAGUAUUAAACAGAUGAGAUGAGAGAUGCUUGUAUGGACAGAGAGACCCUGAGGAAGCUGAAGGAACAACUGCAGAACUCUAAUGACCUGCCAAAGUUAAUUUUAAUCGAUUUCAGUAACAUUUAAAAAGUAAAAUCGUUCGGAUUAAAGUUUUAUUUCAUUCUAAAAUUACUGUGGAGAAAAUCUGAACUUGACUCGUUCAGCACGUCUGGACCACUUGUGAAUUUUGUUUCUACCAAAGAGAAAAUAAGUGAAGGCGA